AUGUCGCAAGCACCUCACGCCGCCCCGACGGUGUCGAUCGAAAGUCUGCUUCAAGCCAUCUCUGCGAGCACGACGACGGGAAUCUGGGGCAACGCCUGCUUUGUGGUCAAGAAUCCUGGCUCCGGUGUCUCCUAUGUGCGCCUGUAUGCCGACUUAUCCGUUCUGCGCGCCAAUGGGGCAGUUCACUUGGCCGACCUCGUGACCAACACUGGUUUUCGCACCCUUGACGAAGCCGUCGAAGCUCUUCGUCACCAUCCUCCCUCGAGCUCAGCACCACAGCGCCAAGUACUCACCUUAGCUCGCCCUUCGCCGGCGUUGCAAGCCAUGACACAAGCCGUGACAGAGAGCAUUCUGUACUUUCCUGUCACGCAGAUCGCCUUUGUCACGAUGCGCGCCAUCCUGGUUUACCUGCAGACCGGUCACAUCGAAUUUGCGCCUCUGAGCAGCACCACGUCCGACACGGAACUCGAAGACGUCACCGAUGCAGAUGACGCGAGCAUCGACACGUAUGUAGAUGUCACUCCGCAACCAAGUGAGCACGGAGAGGGACCCGCUCCGACGACGACAGCUGUGCGGUCCGCUUCUGCUACUCAAGCGGCCUCGUUCAACGUCUUGCCCAGUCCCAAGUCGGUCUAUCGAGCUGCUCGCAAGUUCCGCUUGCACACUCUGCGCAAUCUAGCGGGCGAGGCAAUUGAUCGCCAAAUCACUCCCGCCAACUGUAUCACCGAGCUGUUCGAGUCGUUCAGCCUCAAGACUCCGGAGCUUUUCGAAAAAAGACUGACGUACGUCCUACAGCACUGGAAUCAGAUUGGAGCGCAUGAGAGAAACAAGCUGGCUCAUCUGGUGUCGACUUCUCAGCCCCGGGCCAAGGCAUCGGAGGCGUUCAACAUGAUCAUGGCCAACGUCGCCGUGCCCAACAGGCUCUCCGCCUAG